AAAUGAUUAUAUUAAAACUGCUGCAUCUUCAUAUCCAGAGAUGUUAAUUUGUCAUUUACCUGAUAUUUGCAUGCCAAGAAAUGACUAUUUCAGCAGUAAAAGUAUAAUUGACAGUGUUGCAGCUUCACCUAUAUCAAGUAAUAAACGAAUGAAAACUAUGACUCACCUAAAGAAAAGUAGAGAUGCUUUGUCAAUGCAUAGCGACAGAAAAGAGUUAAGCAUGAACAAUACUGAAAAUGAUAUAGAAUCUGGUGAGGAUGGUAAUAAUGAUUCUACACCUUCUGAUUCUUCUCAAAGAGAAGUUCAAAAAAAACAACUAAGUUAUAUUCUUACCGGAGAUGGUGAUCGAGAAGAAUUUUUUG